AUGAUGAAGGAUUUAUCUUAUUUGUCCAACCAACACAUCUGCCAGCGCUAUGAGCUUUCUCACACAGACUUGGCUUCGCUUUCAACCCGUCAUCGCGGCGCACAGCAGCGGCAGACGGUAGGUCCUUAUUAUAUCCUUCCAAGACCCUCGGGAAUAUCGAGAAUGUGGCGCUGUCCGGAGCGAGUCUGUCCAUGCUGCGACCGAUUGCCCAGAGGGGGUGGGUUGACUGAUGAACAAUGGACGGAUGCAGAGGGAACAAGAAUGACUAGGCCCAAAUCACUCAUAAAGAUUAUUCGGGAGGCAGUCCGGUUAGUGUUGAAGGCUUAUUAUUCUGGUCUACGAAUCCACAUGCUGGUUAGAGAAACCUAA